UGAUCAGCAACCUUGCUUCUCUGCCAACCAAAAGCAAUUUCCAGCCGAUCGUUGGUUUUCCGCUAUUUUGUGCCCUGCUGGAGCAAAAUUUCCCCUAUGGCCUCUCACAGCUCUAUUAUUAUUCAGGAAUGUCUUCCAGAGUGGUACUAGUACGCUGAGAAUGUAUAGCCAAUAUACGCUACAAUCACAGCCCAGUAUGGAAUGAAAGCAUUUGGUCACAUGCUGGUGCACAAUUCUCAAUUUGGUUAUCUCUGGUGCACAUACUGUACUGAAGCCCAUUUACACAAUACAAGUAGUCAUAUACAACUCUUGUGAGUCUUGUCCUGAUGUGUGUACUCAAUUAAAACGUGUGUAGAUGUCACAUUUCUCUAUAAAUGGAUGAACAGGAAUAGCGCUGUCAGCAUUCAUUUUCAUGUGCCAGAAUGACAAUUGUAUACAACAAGUCGUAUCCUGUAAAUGGGCCUUUAUAAUCAAAUGGACCUUUAUAAUCAUAUGACCAACUGAAAAAUUAAAUUGUUUGUAGAUUAGAAGAAAUAUUAGUAUAGUACCUAGAAUUGCUUUUGUUUUCAACUUGAAAAGGCCACUAAAACUGCCAGGAAAUGGUGUUUGCGAGGUUCUAAAUUUCAGAAUAUACCUUGCAGGGGGAAUAUAUCAUAAUUAUCAUGGUCUGCAGUUUCUUAUGUCUUUCCAUGUAUAACUUGGAAAUAAUAAUAUUAUUUAACAUCAUUAGCAUGUCUUGUGACACCCAUUUGUACACACUAUUGGAUAAUUUUGGUGCACAAGAAGAAUUGUGUGUUUCACUGUCUAGUGCAGCACAAAAAACUUAUUCCAUACUGGAUCACAGUUGCAAUGUAUAAAUAUGUGAAACCCAGACAUUUCCAUCUAGGUCAGCAUUUAUAUUUUUUAAAACUAGCUUGGGUUCAAUUUAUGCAAUCUGGUUCUUUGAUUAGUUUUUUGGGGUUGUUAUGUAUCAGCUAAUUGGAGAAGGUCAUUGCCACUAUACAGUCAAAAGAUAGGAUCAAUUAUGCAUAACAUAUGAUAUUUGGUCAUUCCACAAAGCAUCCAUACCUUCAGACAGAGGAAGUUGGAAGUUAAUUAAGAUUUCCCAGUACAUUUUUAUACUAUAAUAUAUUAUAAAUUAUCUGUAAAUGGAUUUCCCCCCUUCACAUACAGAGGGUGAAAAAUCUGUUGUGGCAGACGUGUAGAUUUUUGCUGGAAUAUUUCUAUGGUGAAGAGGGAAUAUUUUAGGUUAUACUUUCAAGAAACAACUGGUGAUUGUCUAUGCUAUAGGCAGCGAAAUUUGCCAGCUGCUGGCUUCUAUUCUGAACCCUGCCUUGCCAUCUCAUUCUCUAAUUCCUGUUUAUUCUGCCUUUUAUCUCUUAAUAAUUAGGUUCCAUGAUUCCUCUUUCAACCAAUUCUUCAUCUGCUUCCCUGGCUCUUACAAGAUGUACUGUAGAGUAUCCCUCAUGUAGUCCAUGAAAUUGAAGUGAAAAUAUAAAUUUAAGUUUUCGAUGUUCCGAACUUCAUAAAUUCGUAAUGAAAUCUAUGAGACAACCCAUUUCACUAUCCACCUUUUAGUACCCAACCAGAGGCUUUGUUUUCAAACCUGCUUCUGAAUUUCAUUAUGAAAUUUUUAUCACAACCAGAAAUUGUACAAAAAAUGGACAUGGCGGCUGACAUUGAGUAUUCAUUGCUUAGCAUUGUGAGCUCAGUAAAACUUUUUCGCACGUUGUUUGUUUUGUUUUACUUGAUGUAUUGCAACAAAAUAAGGCUCAAAUUGUAAGUUUAAAGUGUUCUGUUUAAUUUUUACUGAGUCACCUAAUAUUGUUUUUGAGCCUUUUUGAGCCUUUUUUGAGCAAUUCUAUCAAUAAAUCAAAAAACUUUGCCGCCUUCAACUUGAAGUAAUUAUAAUUUAGUAGUUGCCUCAUUAAUAUUAAGUACAUAUCAUCAUGUGCAAUCUACACAUGUAUGUUCUGUUAAGAUGAGCAAGCUCAUCUUUGCUGUCAAUUUGUGGAUGCAAUUUACGAAGUUCGGAACGAAAUUGGGGACAUUUUGGUUAAAAGUUAAAUCACAUAAUAGGUGUUCGGCACCUGUAAGGUGUACGCACAAUUUAUAGUGCUAAAUAUUCUGAUGCGAAGCAUAGUUAUGCAUCUUACGUCUUUGAUGUUUGCGUGAUGCAAUAAAUUUCAGUAUGCACUUAUGCUAACUUUUUCCAAAGUUUUGUUCUAAUGUUCUGUUCCUCAAGGGGAACUGAGUUUCUGCGGAGGAUCCACCCAUUCCACUCUUAAUAAAAUCUACCCACGGUGAAAAGAUCGACGUUUCGCUUUGUACCCACAAUGAAACCACACAUUCAAUUUCUUUUCGUUUUUUUAGUCCUGAAGCAAUGGGUGUGUUAUGUGGAGCUGUGUAUUUGAUAUGUGUCUUUGUCUUUAUACCAUUUCCCUUUUGGAAAGCAUGGUGGGAGAAUGGUGCUAAUGAUUUUCCUCAUCACGAGGUAAUGUUUCAUGAUAUAAAGUACCUAUGCUGGGUUAUACACGUUGGAAGGAUUUGAAAGAAAUUUCGAGGAUGUUCAUUUUAGCACGCAUCUUCAGUAUUUAUGCGUAUUAACCGUUUGUGCGUUUUCCUUAGGCCUUACGUUGUACUUUAAAUUUCGUAAUCGAAAUAACGGCAAAAACAGUCAACACGUUGAAACGGUAGUUACGAUUGAGUGGAUUGACGAAUUUAUAAAACCUAUGGAUGACUUUAUUCCUCAGACGUGUCCUAUAAUCUUAAAGCUGCUUUACACUGUAAGACAUCGGCAAUUAUAAAUUAGACUCUUCAAACAGCAAUGCAAAUUACUUUGCACUUUUUCCUUCUUCAUUUUUGAAAUACUUCUACUUGUUUGAUAUGUACAAAUGGACUAAAUCUAUGAUGUCAUGGGCAGGGUGGGUACACAUUUUGAAAUGAGAAAAAUUCCUUGCACACCAUAUCAACUUAACCUGUCCGAAAUAAAACUCUCAGAUCAAAAAGUGAAUAUGUAAGUAUGAGAAUUUGAAACAGAAAAAUGAUCAAGUGUUAAUACAAUCGAUGUUGACUAUAUAUCAUUUAUUACCCCGCAAAUGAAAGUCAAAUGUUAUUUCAAAAACGCAGCAAAACGUUAUUGAAAAAUUGUUUAAAAGUUAUUUUCAAAUAAACAUAAUUUUGUUUGUGGAAACACCACGUAAGUUGACGUUAUUUGGCACGCAAAACUACAAGAAACAUAAUUUUGUUUCCGAUAUCGUUCAAGAUUAAUUUUCUCUGAUGUAGUUUGUCCAGUGGAUAGCUGCUCUAUUGUCUAUCUGUUGUAUGAUAUUUCUGGGAUUUGCUGAUGAUGUACUAAACCUAAAAUGGCGACAUAAGUUAUUGCUUCCUACAAUGGCAUCACUUCCUAUUCUCAUGGUGUAUAUCGUCAACUAUGGAUCCACGACUGUCGUUGUACCCAAACCCUUGAGGUUUAUACUCGGAAUAACUGUAAAUCUAGGUAGGGUUUUUAAUGGAUUUGACAUGAAGCAUAAUGUUGUUCCUUGUCAGCUAUGACAAGUAUGCAAUAUAUUUCUUGUGAUCUUACUAGAAUCAUGUAUGGAGGGGGAAGAGAGUAGGGUAGUGUGAUUGAAUAAAAGAGGAUAUAGUUUGUAUGAGCGUAGAGAAAGAUUCAUGAUGAUAAUUUGAUUUUUGGCUACCAUGUUGGUGUACAAAGCCAAAAACAUUUGAUCGAAUAAAGCUGAAUCUUAACCCAAAUGUCUUAAAUCCUAAUAAGUUUCGUUUAGAUAUCAAUUCAAUCUUUACCUUACCCAAGUGUUUCGAAACUAAAUUGUAUAACAGGCUUAACAGCCUUCAAAAAUAAUGCGGACGUCAGCAAUAAUGUAAAUAGAAAUGAUUGUAUUGCCUCAAAACUUUUUGUUAGCAAUCUAGAAAACAAGUGAAGCAACCAAUGUUGAAGCUUUAGUGGUUUCAAAAUUUGUCACCUGAUCAGUGAAAGCAAUCUAUGCUAACACUUUUCUAUUUUAUCAUUUAGGUGCACUUUACUAUGUGUACAUGGGCAUGCUUGCUGUGUUCUGUACAAAUGCCAUCAAUAUUGUAGCUGGUAUAAAUGGUGUGGAAGUUGGCCAAUCCUGGGUUAUCACAUUGUCUGUCAUGGUAUUUAACUGCAUUGAGUUACAAGGAGAUUGUUGGCGAGCUCAUCUCUUCUCAUUAUAUCUCCUAGUUCCAUUUCUCGCUGUUUCCUCAGCAUUAUUAUAUUUUAAUUGGUAA